CGAAUACAAUAUUAUAUUUUGUACCUACGGAUUUGUAGACCACGUGACGCACAGCGGUCGGUACCUCCCUACCCUCCGCGGGGCCGGCGUGCCUAUAUCUGUUUGUUUUAACGACAAUCGUGUCAAUAACGAUUCGCGACGAGACGAUCGAGCGCGGUAAACAGCUGCAACAGUCGCCAAGUCGCAACGUUACGCCGCCGGUGCGCGGCCGGUUUACGAUUUUUCCGUGUUGUUUUUUCGUCGAUCGUUGGAUAAUCGAAUCGAUUUGUUACGUACGUACGGUUAUCGCGCAGACGGCGAGCAACAGCAAUAGCGUCUGUAACAUCAUAUAGUAAACAUCAGUGUCCUGUAAACAGGGCCAACGUCGUUGGCGCGAUGAGACCGACGGUGGCAGCCGCGUGUCUGGCCGCCGUGGCCGCCCUGGUGGCCGCGGCCGGGGCCGACGAGUCCGGCCUGGAGCUGGUGCUGAUCCACACCAACGACAUGCACAGCCGGUUCGACGAGACGGACCUGUACUGCAACGAAUGCCGCGAAGACGACGCGUCGCUGGGCCGCUGUUACGGCGGAUUCGCGCGCGUCGCCCAGUUCGUCAAAGACCAACGGCGGUCGGCCCAAGAGAGCGGUUUGCCGUCCCUGUUCUUGGUGGCCGGCGACACGUUCCAGGGCACGCCGUACUUCUCGCUGUUCCACUGGAGACCCGUCGUCGAAUUCAUCAAUCAGCUGCGCCCGGACGCAAUGACUUUAGGGAAUCACGAGUUUGAUGAUGGUGUCGAUACUCUUAUAUCAUACCUAGAAGGAAUAGAAGGUAUACCAACAGUAAUAUCGAACUUGAAUACAACGGCAGUACCAGACUUGGAUAAACAUCUGUUACCAUCAUUAGUAUUUACAUUUAACGACACUAAAGUAGGAAUCGUUGGAUAUUUAACAACGGAUACCCCGACCAUAUCCAAUACCGGAGUAGUUGAAUUUUUCGAAGAAGUUGAAUCUCUGAAGAAAGAAACUAAAAAAUUACGAGACAGUGGCGUUAACAUAAUUAUUGGUCUCGGGCAUAGUGGCAUUGAAAUAGAUCAAAUAAUUGCCAAAGAAGUAGAGGAUAUUGAUAUAAUUGUUGGAGGGCAUUCACAUACGUUUCUGUACACCGGCACACCGCCCAGUAAUGAAAAACCAUAUGGACCAUAUCCACUUUUCGUAACAAAUACUAGAAAUAAGCGCGUGCCAAUAUUACAGGCAUACGCGAAUACCAAAUACGCGGGAAAAGUUGUUUUAAAAUUUGAUUCUAAUGGUGACUUAGUUAGUAUCGAUGGUUCGCCAACAUUAUUGAAUCACGAAAUAAAACAAGAUCCGGAAAUGUUGACUGUGGUCGACCAAUGGAAACCACAGGUAACUAAUGUUACAAACGUUACAAUCGGGCGUACAGCUGUUGAAUUGAUAAACAAUUGUCACCAAAUGGAAUGCAAUAUUGGAAACUUAAUAGCUGAUUCUUUCGUAUACUACAAUAUUAUGAAAAAAACAAAGUACGACGAAAAUUGGACUGAUGCUCCUAUUGGAAUUAUUCAAGCUGGUGGUAUUCGGACUACAAUCAACGAAACUGAUCACGAUGGUUACAUCAGUUUAGGGCAGUUAAUCAAUGUCAUGCCGUUUCAAAAUAGUCUGGUUAAAGUUACUAUUUCUGGUAGUAGCUUAUUGGAAGCAUUUGAACAAAGCGUUUAUGACUUUGUAGCGAAUCGAGGAGGAUCUAAGCUUUUACAAGUAUCAGGCGUUCUGGUCGAGUAUGAUAUAACAAAGGAUCCUGGUAGUCGAGUUUCUUCACUAUUAGUCCGAUGUGGUGAUUGUAACGUUCCUAAAUUCGAACCUUUACAAUUAACUGCUAACUAUACAAUUGUGAUGAACAGUUAUUUAGCCGAAGGGGGUGAUAAUUUUAAAUCAUUUCAAAAAAAUAUAAAGAAAAACAUCAUAUUAGAUAUUGAAGAUUUCAAUGCAACAGCGAUAUAUAUGAAUUCGAUAAGUCCUAUAACGACUGGAGUAGAUGGAAGAGUCACCUUUUUAUCUAGUAACAAUGAAAAGUCAGCCGGAUCUAAUAUUAAUACAUGGAAUUAUAAAUUUAUAAUAUCAUUUAUUACUACAAUAUUUUUUUUUAACAUUUAAGACUAUUUAAUAUAAAUUUUACCAAAAUAAUUAUAAAUAUAGUAAUUAAUAUUGUACUUCAUCUAACAGAUAAUUAUUGUUUGUUAACUUUAUAUAAUUCUGGUUAGCACUAGUAAAUAAAAGCCAUUAUAUAUACUUUAAAAUAUAUUCAUAGUUUAUAUUUAUUAUUUACAAUGUAAAAAUAAUAUGUUAUUUAAUAAAAUGUAGAUUGUUGUUAUAUAAUAAAUUAAUAAAUCGUAAAAUUGUAUACAUUAUAUAAAUGUA